UUCUUCUAAUAAUUCCCGAAAAUCUCUUUUACUUUCACAGUAAACCUUUAAAAAACCGAAAUUUACAAAUCAAAACUCUGAACAAAAUUACUUAAAUGCUAAGAAAAUGAGCCAACAACAACCGGAGAGGCCCCAAGAGCCAAUCAAUUACGGAGAUAUCUUCUCCGGAAAAGGCGAGCUUGCCGAGAAGACAGUGGCACCUAAAGAUGUUGCCAUGAUGCAGAAGGCGGGGAACUCCGUGAUUGGUCAAACCCAGAAGGGUGGUGUCGAUGCAUCUAUGCAAUUUGCAACGUCGAAGACUGAGAGUUCGGGAUUGGUUGGCCGCGAAAGAGUCAGUGCUGAUUCUGGUGUUUAUAUUAAAGAGACCGAGUCCCCUAGAAAACGUGUAAUCUCGGAGUACUUUGGUAAAGAGAUUGUAGGACGAUAUAGCCAAGGAGAUUCAUUCGCAUCGGACACCGACUCGACGUCUGAACACUGUGGUGGAAUCACGAUUGGGGAAGCACUUGAAGCCACUGCUCUUACAGCAGGAAAAAAACCGGUGGAAUGGAGUGAUGCCGCUGCAAUACAGGCGGCGGAAGUGAGAGCCACCGGUCGAACCUCCAUAAUGCCCGGUGGCGUUGCAGCGGCCGCUCAAUCAGCUGCCACGCUUAAUGCCAGGGCAACCAGAGAUGAAGACAAGACCAAAUUGGGUGCUAUUCUUGCGAACGCGACAGCAAAGUUGCCGGCAGAUAAGCCGGCAACACGGAAAGAUGCAGAAGGGGUAAUGGGUGCCGAGAUGAGGAAUGAUCCUAACCUGACCACACAUCCAGCCGGUGUUGCCGCCUCUGUGGCUGCUGCUGCGAGACUCAACCAGAGUCACAAAUGAAAGUAUAGCAAACACCAAUGACUGUCAUGCAUGUCAUAUAAUUUUGAUAUUUUUUUUCGAUGAAAGGAUAUAAUUUUGAUGUUGGUAUACGUGUAAUUACAAGAACUUCACUCGGCUUUGAAUUGAGUUGGGUCAAGUCGAAAUUGUUGAUUAAUUUUGUAAUCAUUUUCUUAAAAUAUAUGUGAAUAAACUGACUUGUGGAAAUUGGAAAACAA